AUGUCAAACGAUAAGAAGAGAUUUAAAGUAGUUUUUGUGGGUGAUUGUGCGGUCGGAAAGACUUGUCUUUUGAUUUCAUUCACUGAAAAUGAAUUUGAUGAAGAUCAUGUUCCUACAGUCAUUGACAACCGAAUUCAAACUGUUAAAUACAAGGAUGAAGAUGUUAUUUUGAAUUUAUGGGAUACUGCUGGUCAAGAAGAUUUUGACAAUUUAAGACUUUUGAGUUAUCCAGAAACAGAUAUAUUCAUUGUUUGCUUUUCAGUCGUGUGUCCAGAUAGUUUGAAAAAUAUUAAACAAUUAUGGAUGAAAGAAAUUUCUGAACAUGGAAAAGCAUUUUCUCAAACAGUGCCUUGUAUUUUGGUUGGAACAAAAACAGAUUUGAGAACAGAUGAACGUACAUUGCAUGAUUUGAAAGAAAUUGGACAGGAACCUGUUUCUUUUGAAAAAGCUCAACAAUUUGCUCAAGAAAAUGGUUUUUAUUUUUACAGAGAAUGCAGUGCCUUGACGAGAGAGGGAAUUGAGGAAGUCAUUCAAAGUGCAAUUGAGGCAAAAAUUGAAGUGACCAACAGUGUCAACGGUACCAACUCUGAAAAGGUUACAAACACCCCUAGAAGAAAGGAAGAAGGCAAAUCUUCAUCCGAUGAAGCAAUAGCAGCAACUGAGGAAAAUAAUACUGUUAAUUCUUCUUCGACAUUGUCACCCAAAGAUGAAACUUCUGCAGCCACUCCAAGAAAUUUAACUGAAGAACCAAAAAAUAUGAAAACUUUGAAUGACACCAGCUCAUCAGACUCUGCCACUCAACAACAAGCAAACCUUAUUCUAUAUCCAUGGUUGAUCCUUGCAUCACUCAUGAAAUGUAAAUGUGAAAUUUUGUGA